AUGGGAUUAGCACAAGCGGCAGAGGCAGCUGCCAAGAAACAGUCAACUGUUUCUCAACCGAUCAAUCCAUCCGACCAGCAAUCUCUCGGGAGCACACCGGCUUCGAGCGUGCUCACACCUGGGACUUCUUACGGCGGAAAUACUUAUACGCCAAACUCUUACGGAACGAACCAACCAACCGUCCCCAGUGUGAUGGCAUUCGACGGCUCCGCCGGAUAUGCUACACCUUCUGCCUCGCAGUACAGCUCUUCUUCUUCUUUCACGCCAGUUGAUCCACAGGCACAGCCCGGUCAUUACGGAGGAUACUCUCAGUAUCCCCCUUCUUUCCAAGGAUAUGAGCAAGGGAAUCAGCAACCCCCUCACCAAGGCGAUCAGCCAGGUGCAGGGGCGGGGUACCAGCAACAGUAUUCUCAGUACGGCCAUCAUCAAUGGGGAGGGUUUCAGCAGCAGCAGCAGCCUCCUCAGUACAAUGACUGGGAACAACACGGCGGACAAGCCGGGCCAUAUCAUCAACCGCCUCAAGAUGCUGCCCCUCCUGCUCACCUCUGGUCUUUCUCGACCGCCGAGCAGACGGAACAUGAGAAGCUCUUUUUCAUGACUGCAGCCCAAAAGGCAGCAUACAGGGCACAAAAGGGCGCUGAAGGGUACUCAAACGCGGGUCCCCAAGGCGGAUCUUCUCAUUCUCCAAGCUCUUACGGUGGUCUAUAGGCUCAGAAGGCGUUCAGUAGAUCCUUUACCCUCCUCUUACCAUCUGAUCACUCUCUUUCCGUCACGGACGAUGAACUUGACACGAAACUUCCCA